AUGGUCUUCGAUCAACAGCAACGUGUCCUGCUUAAGGUUUUCAAAGUGUUGCGCACUCGUGGCGUGGCGCAAGAGUGUGAUGCGUGGCGGGUGGAGCUCAGGUCGCCGGCGCCGCGUGUAGCCGAGACCAUGCGGGGCCUGCGCACUACCCGCAUAGUCGCCACCGCACUACUGCUCACCGUCGCUGCGAUACUCUCCGUGGCAGAUGCAUCUUCAACUGGGCUUAUAGGGGACCGUGCAUCGUGCUCUAACGAAGGCGAGCCUGUUCUUCUAGAAGACGCAAGAUUGGAGCAAGACUGGAGUAGUUGCUACCACUGUUUCUGUAAGAACGGCUUCGUGGAGUGCCGUAGUGGCGUAGAAGAGUGUGGAAAGAUGGACGACUGCGCAGUAGUGAUGCCCAGGGAAGGUUGUUGCGCCAAGUGCAAGGGAUGUUGGUAUAAUGGGACGGAACAUGCUUCUCACACAGAAUUUCAUGAAGAAAAUAGAGUGCUGAGAUGUGAAGCUGGCGUCAUCACUAUUACCAAGCCUGAAUGUUACGUGCCUUGUGAGAGACCAAAACAUCAGAGACACACGCAUUACAAUUGUCCUGUUUGUGAUGAAUGCGUAAUCAACGGCCAGCGGGUAUGGGAGGGUCGUGACGUGAGAAUUCCUGAAGAACCUUGCUUGUCGUGCCGCUGCGUGCACGGCGCGUUGUCUUGUGCCAAACGCGCCUGCCCAGUGCUACCGUGUACCCGCUCGAAUCAGUAUACACCUCCCGGUGACUGCUGCCCCAGGUGUAUACAUGCUACGUCUGAUAAAUUGUUACCUGGCACUACCCUAGCAAAACCCUGUAUCAUCGGCAAAGAAUAUCAUGCACAUUUGAGCCCAUUUCGAGUGGAUCCUUGUACGGACUGCACGUGUAUGAACGGCACAGCGGUGUGUACGCGGCAUACCUGUCCAGUGCUGACCUGUGGAGCUAGAGCCCUUCCACCUCAGCCCGGGAAGUGUUGUCCAGAAUGUCCACAGGUUGAAGAAGCCAAAGCUGCCUGUAUUAUAGGCAGAAAAACUUACCAAGACGGAGAAACCUGGCAAUUGGACGCUUGCAAAUCUUGUGAAUGUCACGGUGGUGAACCACGAUGUGCCAUGGAACGGUGUCCGGUAAUCACCUGCCCACCGGACCAAACCCUGCGGCAGUUACCCGGACAAUGCUGUCAAAAAUGCGUUGACAUUGAUGGAAUUUGUACGGUAUUUGGUGACCCUCAUUACAAAACCUUUGAUGGAAAGUUUUAUAGUUUCCAAGGUUCUUGUAAAUACCAACUGGCAUCAGAUUGCGUUAAUGGGAGUUUCUCGAUAAGAAUAUCAAAUGAUGCAAGGAACACUUCGCAUUCAUCGUGGACACGAACGGCAACCCUACGUAUAGGAUCCACAAAAGUCAAUAUGGGUAAAAGAAUGCGAAUAAAAGUUAAUGGACAUAGAGUGUUAUUACCACAUAAGAUAGAAGGAAUAGCAGAAAUAGUACGCAGUAACGGCUCUGUCCUAUUAAAGGCUGAUAUUGGUAUACAAAUGCUUUGGGAUGGUGAUGGUUUUCUUGAAGUGACAGUUUCGAGUGUAUAUAAAGGAAAAUUGUGCGGGUUGUGUGGUAAUUUUAAUUCUGUAGCCAGGGACGAUAUGAAAACUCGUGAUGGUAGGCUACUGAAUGAUACUUGGAAAUUUGGAUCCUCGUGGCGAGUAGGCGGUACUAGGGCUUGUACGAGGCGUCAAAAACGAAUAGACAUAAAAGCUCCAUAUCGACAACCGAAGGUUUUGAAAGCUCGGCGGUUAUGUCGCGGGAUUGUGCGAUAUGAUGCGUUCGCAGAAUGCACUAGUAAAGUGAACCCUCACAACUACAAAGAGGCUUGUGAGGUGGAUGCAAGAAGCUGUUCAGGCACACGAUGUCAUUGCGCAGCUUAUCGAGCUUACGCACGUGAGUGUUCAAGACUUGGUGCUGAACCACGAAACUGGGCGAGAACUGCAUGGUGCGAAGGACCUCCACCACCAUGGUUGAUUCGGCAUCGUAAAGGUCCCAAACGUCCAGUGAUUACGAAAGACACGAGCUUGCUUGAUCCAAGCUCAAAAGCCAGUGUAGCGACGAGAGAGUAUUAUGAAUAUUUCGCAACUGGAUUGUACGUAGGUUGUGUCUAA